AUGUGGAACAACCACCAUUACAAUCUUCAACAAGGUGCUGGAAACUAUGAAGACAGCGAAGAAAGCGAUUUCUCCCAAGAAAGCGAAGUCUCUAGCCAAGGAACGGAGUCUUCCCAAGAAGAAACAGAAAACUUAGCGCCUUGGUUACGCAUUCUUGAUGAAGCUGAGAAACGCCAUAAGACCCAGCUCAACGCAUUGAUCAAUGAGUACGAAGCUCUUGGUACGAAGGGAACGGAGAUUCAGAAAAUGUGGCACUCGUGAAAGCCGAGAACGCUCUUCUUCCUGUUUACAGAAAAGAGCUAAGAAAAGUACCCUUACAGAAUCUACAGUGGAUGCGUGCAAUGAAAAAAGAUCCCUCCUUCAAAAAGGUGAUUGAAACACAAAAAGAACUAAAAGAUACAGAAGAAUGCGAUUGGUUGGAAUCGACAGAACUAGCGAUUGAUAAGCGAAAAUUCUUACUCAAUCGACUGUAUCAAAAGCAGCCCAUUCCACAAGCUAAGGACUAG